AUGGGGCACGUUCACACCAAAACUGUGAAGAAGGUGGCCCGGGUCAUCACAGAAAAGUACUACAUGUGCCUGGGUAACAAUUUCCACACAAAUAAGUGUGUGUGUGAGGAGACGGCCAUUAUCCCCAGCAAGAAGCUCUGCAAUAACAUAGCAGGCUGUGUCAAGCACCUGAUGAAGUGGAUGCGGAGGGGCCCAGUGAGAGGUAUUUCCAUUAAGCUGCAGGAGAAGGAGAGAGAAAGGAGAGACAAUUAUGUUCCCAAGGUCUCAGCCCUGGAUCAGGAGAUCGUUGAAGUACAUCUUGACACUGAGGAAAUGCUGAAGCUUUUGGACUUUGGCAGUCUGUCCCACCUGCAGAUCACUCAGCCUACAGCUGGGAUGAAUUUCAAAAUGCCUCCGAGGGCUGUUUGA